AUGCAACUAAAACGGUUGUUGCAGUUGUCGCUGGCAAUAGCGAUUCAGUACUAUUUCGGAAUUGUGAAUGGAUCAGAAGAUGAGGAACGACUGGUUCGCGAUCUGUUUCGCGGUUAUAACAAACUCAUUCGACCGGUACAAAACAUGACGCAGAAGGUGGACGUCCGCUUCGGGUUAGCCUUCGUGCAAUUGAUCAACGUGAACGAGAAAAAUCAGAUCAUGAAGUCAAACGUGUGGUUGCGACUUGUUUGGAGUGACUACCAACUGCAGUGGGAUGAAGCCGAUUACGGUGGUAUCGGUGUACUGCGACUGCCCCCAGACAAGGUCUGGAAGCCGGAUAUCGUUCUGUUUAAUAAUGCCGACGGUAAUUACGAAGUGCGCUAUAAAUCUAACGUGCUAAUCUAUCCGAACGGAGAAGUGCUGUGGGUUCCGCCAGCUAUCUAUCAGAGUUCCUGCACAAUCGACGUAACCUAUUUUCCGUUCGACCAGCAAACCUGCAUCAUGAAGUUCGGCUCGUGGACAUUCAACGGCGAUCAGGUGUCGCUGGCACUGUACAACAACAAGAACUUCGUCGAUCUAUCUGAUUACUGGAAGUCGGGAACGUGGGAUAUCAUUGAGGUUCCGGCCUACCUGAAUGUGUACGAAGGCAAUCCGACCGAAACGGACAUCACAUUCUACAUUAUCAUUCGACGGAAGACCUUGUUCUACACCGUCAACUUGAUCCUGCCAACCGUACUGAUUUCAUUCUUGUGCGUACUUGUGUUCUACCUACCGGCCGAGGCUGGCGAAAAAGUAACCCUAGGUAUUAGUAUUCUGCUGUCACUGGUUGUGUUCCUGUUGCUGGUUUCGAAGAUCCUGCCACCGACCUCGCUUGUACUGCCGCUAAUUGCCAAAUAUUUACUGUUCACUUUUAUCAUGAAUACCGUUUCCAUUCUCGUCACCGUCAUCAUAAUCAAUUGGAACUUCCGUGGUCCUCGUACCCACCGAAUGCCCAUGUGGAUUCGAUCGGUAUUCCUACAUUACCUGCCGGCGAUGCUGUUGAUGAAGCGCCCCCGUAAGACGCGCUUGCGCUGGAUGAUGGAAAUGCCGGGCAUGAGUAUGCCACCGCAGCCGCACACUCAUCCAUCGUACGGUUCCCCAGCUGAAGUUCCGAAACACAUCAGCGCCCUCGGUGCGAAGCAGUCCAAGAUGGACGUUAUGGAACUGUCUGAUCUGCACCAUCCGAACUGUAAGAUGAAUCGAAAGAUGAACAGUGGCGAUCUUGGGCUUGGCGGUGAUCCUUGUCGUCGGGAGAGUGAAAGCUCCGAUUCGAUUCUUCUUUCGCCAGAGGCCAGCAAAGCCACGGAAGCUGUCGAAUUUAUAGCUGAGCAUCUGCGAAACGAAGAUCUGUACAUUCAGACUCGUGAGGACUGGAAGUACGUUGCGAUGGUGAUUGACAGAUUGCAGCUGUAUAUUUUCUUCAUUGUUACCACUGCCGGAACGGUUGGAAUCCUGAUGGAUGCGCCACACAUCUUCGAGUAUGUUGAUCAGGAUCGCAUCAUUGAGAUCUACCGAGGCAAGUAG